AAAUUUAUAAAGCACACAGGAAGUAUUGCACAGCCGCAUGUCUCAAGCAGCAGCAGCAGCCGCAGCAGCAGCAGCCGCAGCAGCAGCACUGUAAGCCGAGAGAAGAGUGAUGGGAAAGAUGCCAGGGCAGAGUCGCAUCUUCCUGCUCACCUACAUGGUGGCUGUUGCCAUUCCUGUUUCUUUGGCUUUCAACAUUGAUAUGACAAACCCUACUGUCUAUAUUGGUGAACAGAAGGAUUUCUUUGGAUACAAAGUGCUUCAAUUCAUGUCUGGCCCGAACAAAGGCAUAAUCGUCACUGCACCGCUGCAGCUAAAUGGAUCUGGGGGAAUAUGCAAACCCGACCUUUACCAACCCAACCAGUGCUUCAACCCUAAAGGUAUUUCCCUAGCAAACACAACAAUACCAGUCAAGCACUUUGGCCUGUCGAUAGCUGAAGACUCCAAACGCUCCGAAUUCACUGUUUGCAGUCCAAGUGUAGUCCAUGAAUGUAAUGAGAACUCCUAUGUGAACAGUGUGUGCUACAAGAUCACAAAUCAACUUCAGACAAUCGGCACUCUCCAACCUACUUUCCAAGAAUGUACCAAAAAGACAGUGGACCUUGUCUUUCUAUUUGAUGGAUCACAGAGUAUGACCGAAGCAGAGUUCAACAAAAAUAAAGAUUUCAUAAUGGAUAUAAUGAAUUCAUUGAAGAACUCAUCAAUCAAGUUUGCAGCAGUUCAGUUCUCCUCAAUUCACAGGAAAGUUUUUGACUUCAAUGACUACCAAGCUGGUACUGAUCUCGAUAAACUUGGGAAAGAACCCCAUAUGAUGGCUCUGACCAACACACACAAAGCCCUCACAUUUGUGUUGGACGACAUCUUGGAAAACCCAAAAGCAGGCGCCUCUCCUGAUGCAACUAAAGUUGUGGUACUAAUCACAGAUGGAGAUCCCAGUGAUUCAGACAAAGGCAUUAUUAAGAGAUAUGAUGAUAAAAACAUAAUUCGCUUUGUCAUUGGGGUCAAAAAGGCUGACCUGAAAAAAUUCAAAGCCAUUGCUUCAGAACCAAAAGACAAAAAUGCCUUCAAAAUUGAGAACUACGACGGACUCACAGGAGUACUGGAAAACUUUCAAAAAAAGAUCUUUAAUAUGGAAGGCUCCAAAGUGGCUCGGGCAGGAGAAAUGACCAAUGAAAUGUCUCAGAGUGGAUUCAGUGCUGUCUUCUUCAAUGAGAACUUGAUUCUGGGUUCAGUGGGAUCAAACAGCUGGCGUGGUUCUCUCCAAGAGCAUCACGAACAAAAAGAAAUACAAAUUGAAGAUCCACUCAUGAAGAUGGACUCCUACAUGGGAUACUCUGUUUCUGUUGGAGAGAAGAAUAACAAUCCUCUAUAUUUCACGGGAGCACCAAGAUUUGAGCACAAAGGACAGGUCGUACUUUUCAGAUCCGAUUUCAAGAACUGGACUGCAGCCCAAAGAAUAAAUGGUGACCAGAUUGGUUCCUACUUUGGUGCAGAGCUGUGCUCAGUAGAUGUCAACUCUGAUGGUAACACUGAUUUCCUGCUGGUGGGAGCUCCACUGUUCUACCAGUCUCAGGAGAAGAAAGAAGGCCAGAUCUACAUCUACAUACUGACUGAUGAGAUGCAGCUGAAAAAUGAACUGAAUGUAAUUGCACCAUCCAUGGGGAGAUUUGGCACCACCAUAUCUAGUCUGGCAGAUCUGAAUGGAGAUGGACUCCGAGACGUUGCUGUUGGAGCCCCCCUUGAGGAUGACAACAAUGGGGCUGUGUACAUCUACCUUGGUGACAGACACAAAGGCAUACGCAGCACUUUUAGCCAGAGAAUCGUGGGAGAGAACAUAGUGUCUGGGCUAAGAUUCUUUGGACAGGCCAUUGAUGGGGACAUUGACCUUGGAGAUGACGGACUACCAGAUAUUGUGGUCGGAUCACAGGGCACUGCUGUUGUCUUAAGGUCCAGGCCUGUCUUUAAUGUCACGGCACAUCUGUCUUUUCUACCUAAGGAGAUAAACACUGACCAAAUUGACUGCCUGGGCAGCACAGAUGAAACUUUACCAAUGGUUACCCUAACAGCCUGCUUUGAAAUGGUGGAAACAACAAAGAGCAAAGCAUCGGGAAUGAGCUCCACACUGAACAUCUCGUACACGCUUGAUGUGGAUCCGACAAGACAAACAUCUCGAGGUUUCUUCAGUGAAACCGACAAGAAAGCUAGGAAUCUCACCUCUACCUACGAGCUGAUGGAUGAAAAAACCUGCUUCAACUACUCCAUCUACAUGCCAAAAUGUGUGAAAGACACAUUAUCACCCAUAAGCAUCAAAUUCAACUUUUCCCAAGAUGACAGUGAGAGCGCAAGUGCGGUCCUAAACAUGGACAGCAAAACGCAGGCUGUUGUUGAGGUUUACUUUGAAAAGCAUUGUAGAAAAAAUGACACCUGUAUUGCCGAACUUGAUGUGGAUUUCAACUUCACGACUCCAACAUUAUUGGUGGCAGAAGAUAACUACUUCAACGUCUCUAUAAAACUGUCUAAUCAUGGUGAUGACUCAUACUACACCAACCUUACCAUGCACUAUCCUCCAGGCCUCUCCUUCUCUAGGAUGACUCUAACAGAUUCAAAGAGACCAAUACUCCACAGCUGUCAAGGUCUAGAAGGAGUACUCGACAAAACUAUAUGUGAUGUCAGCCGUCCUGUGUUUCGCAGCAGAUCAGAUGCAACAUUUAGAGCUUCUUUCCACAUCAUGAACGGGUAUGAGUGGGAUGACAUCAUUUCGAUGAGCAUUACUGCACAGAGUGGAAACACAAACUCCACCAGGACCACUUCCCUGACCAAAAGCAUCCCAGUACAAUUUGAAAUUAAAAUGGCAGUAACAGUGAAAGAAGACCCGAUCACCUAUCUGAAUUUCACAACAGAGGAUACUGGACCUAAAAAAAUGGUUACUAUAUACAAGAUAGAUAAUCUUGGUUUCAAGGCCUUUCCUGUCAAUGUGUCCCUGUUCUUCCCAACUAAACUGGAACAUAACUUUGAAAUGACAAACUAUCAAGUCUUUGUCCAGCAGAACAAAACUCAAUGCACAAGCAUUACUGACACACAAUCUGAAUACUGCUCACCAGAAAAAUACUGCAGAAUGAUAGUGUGCGACAGUUUCAUCCUGGAGAGAGAAUCACCGACUGAGUUUACACUGUCAGGAGACGUACAGUUUAAGGAUCUCAAACAGAAUGCAGCGAAUAUUGCCUUUCUUAAACGAUAUACUGGAGACGGCGCAGAGGUUAAAUUUAAAAGCUUUAUACGUGUUAACUAUGACAAGCAACGGUAUGUGCUGGACUCUCAUAAACAAGAGGAGAAGUCUGACAACGAUCCAACAGUGAAAUGGACUGAAGUUCGGGUUGAGUUCAUAAUCCACCCCGAUCAACCGCUGAUCAUUGCAAAUGGAGCUGCAGUGGGACUCUUGCUUCUGAUCAUAAUCACAGUCAUCAUGUUUAAGUUGGGUUGCUUUAAGAGGAAAACGCUCGAGUACUAUCAAGAACAGGAGGAGGAAGCUGCUCUUCAGGCUGGCACCCCCACUGAGUCCACCCCUGCCCCCAGCAACGGGAAAGUCAGCCAAUCAGAGACUGACGGCAAAUCUGAUCAACCUUCAGAGGACAAAACGCUUCUUGAUGACGGUGAGGCGAACGGCAGCACCCCACCAGCUGAUACAGAGGAGGGACUGGAUUAACGUCAUGAACCUAAGUGGGCUGACUGAAUUAUAAAGCAUGCAGCAUGCAGCAUGCACAGGGGGUCAUUAUUAGUGAGGGGAACACCACCUAAAUUAAGAAUUCCAAUGUUAUCUAGGAAAGUUCAAUCAAUAUUAGUGAACAAGAGCUCCUCUCUGUCAAAGCCAGAAACCAGAGAAGUAAGUCUCAAACUUGUGAUGUCAUCGGGUAUAAAGUGUGGAGCUGCUCCACAGACAAUGAAUGGGAGACUGACUUUGUGGACCCACAGAAUGUUUGUUUGCUUUUAUACUCAAAUGAGCUUUAUUCUAUUGAAGUGUUGUCAGUUGUGAAACAGAAAAUGUCCCCAUAUACUCAGGACUUUCCCCAGGGUGCCCUCAGUGUCAUCUAAAUAAAACAUCUCUCCCCAUUCAUCGUCUAUGGAGCAGCUCCAGCCUUUAUACCCUGUGACAUCACAAGUUUGAGUUUUAGCGCUCCAGUUUUGGGAUUUGGGAGAGAGUUGGUCGUGUUUACUAAUAUUUUUUGGACUGUAGUGGGCCAAUCACCCUUCACAUUAAAUUGAAGAACGCUUGCGGUGAUUGGCUGAAAUCAAAACCACACAUAUAGCACAAAAAGGAUCGAUUGCAGGUAUCGUUCGGUCAAUGCCUUAAAAUAAAUUGAGUACUGUUACCCAAUAGCCCUUGCAGCCCUAGCAGAGACAACACACAACAAACGAUCUCCAUCCGCUAAUAAGGGAAGCAAGAUUUCUUUUGUAAAAUCAUAACAUGAGUUUUUUUCAGAGUCUUGAUAAUACAUUUAAAGGCAUGUUCAGGCUGUAUUAGUAUUUUUAUGCCUCCGCACCAGUGACAGCCGUGGCCGUGAGCUUACGUCUGUCGAACUCUAAUGAAAGUGAUAUCUCAGGAACAUCUGGAGGGAAUUUCUUCAAAUUUGGCACAAACUUCCACUUGGACUCAAGGAUGAAUUGAUUAGAGUUUGGUGGUCAAAGGUCAAGGUUACUGACCUCACAAUUUAUAUACCAAUUAUGACAAUUUCACAGGGACAGACACGGAUGCAAACUGCAACUUGACUGGUUGGCGGAGGUAUACAACCACGAGGCGGUAAUUCUAGUUUUAUUAUGGGAAAGUUCACCCAUCUAAGGGCAUUCAGGUGAUGCAGGUGCAACAUUCUCCCUUAACACUGAUUCAUUUCCUGGUAGUGUUACAGCCAGCUUGGUCGUGUGAUCUCCUCAACAUAACUGGUUGUGUUUGUUAGUGGAAAGAUUCACGAGGCUUUACAUCCUCUUCACUGCACUAGCAUCUACUAUACUCUUAUCUAGGAGUAUUAUUAAAGGGACUGUUUGUAAGAAUCAGAAAUGUCUUGUUAACAGCGACACCUGUGGCCGUUAAGUCAACUAAAGUCAGCGUCCUGUUGCUGGCGCUUGUGCUCGCUCUACAUAGACAUGAAC